AUGGCUGACGGCUACAAUCUGUGUAUUGCGGUGAUUGGAUCCGGCACAAUCGGCCUCUCGUUCGCGGCGCUACAUCUAUCGCAUCCGAGCAAGAAUAUUAAAGUCAUCAUCUAUGAUCCCCGACCUGAUCUCAACGAAUACAUCGAAAGCACACUACCAGGCUACCUCAACGCAACUUCCCCCAGUCUAUCAUCACUACGGGCCUCAAACCGCCUCGUACUCUCCUCAUCUCUGGUAUCCGCUGUCGAAAGCGCCGAUGUCGUGCAAGAGCAAGGGCCUGAAAAUGUCUCCUUCAAACAGUCCCUCUGGCCACAGAUCGAAGCCGCUGCUUCCCCCUCAGCCCUCUUCUGGUCCAGCACAUCCGGCAUCCCAGCCUCCAUCCAAGGCGCGAACAUGCAAGCGCCAUACCGGCUGUUAAUCGUACACCCGUUCAAUCCACCACACAUAAUGCCCGUGCUCGAGAUUGUCCCACCAGACCAGCAUGCCUCGAAGGCAUACAUCGACAAGACGGUGUCGUACUGGAGGACACUCAACCGAAACCCCGUGAUAUUGAAGGAAGAAAUCACGGGGUUUGUUGCUAACAGGCUCUCGUUUGCAUUGUUCCGUGAAGCAAUUCAUUUAGUUAACCAAGGUGUUGUCACGGCUGAGGAGGUUGAUCGGAUUGUGGAGGAGAGUAUGGGGCCGCGUUGGGCUGUCAAGGGCCCGUUUUGGAGUUAUCAUGCUGGUGGUGGGGAGAAAGGAUUGAGUGGGUUUUUGGAUAAGAUUGGGGAGACGGUGCAGGCUUGUUGGGACGAUGCUGGGACGCCAGAGCUCAGGGAUGGUGAGGAUGGUAAGGAGGCGGCUUGGAGGAAGGCGCUGGGUGAGCAGGUUGAGGGGGCAUAUGGGGUGCUUCAGGAGAGGGAUUUGAGGGAGAGGGAUGAGAAGACGAGGAGUGUUUUGGAGAUUACGAGGGGUGACUGA